GCCUUGUUGUUCCCAGCAAGUCGCCAUUACGGCUGUCGCCAUUUAUGCGAAGUACUUGUGAAUUCGGAAUUUUUUCUCAAUAUAUGGCCGAAUUGAGGUUUAAGGGUUGAGGUUUUAUGUUCAAUUUUAUUUCAAGAACAUGGAGUGACAAUGAAUCACCCAAAUCCAUCAGGCAACGGCUGUUCUCUGGAGGAUUGUUACGCCAACAUAUUUGCAUUGACGGAUAUUUGUGGGAUAAAAUGGAGGAAACUGACAGCGAAAGCUGAUUAUGGCCCAAACACCGUUGAUCAUUUGGAGGACCCCGUUCUCGAGUCGUAUUCCAGAUGCAUUCAGGCCGAUAUUCUGUGUGUUUGGAGAAGGGUUCAGAGGUAUUCAGACCAACCACAGAGGGUUAUAGAUCAGCUGUCCCACCAUAAGGAGUUGUGGAUAUUUUGGUACGGCGAUGAACCGUCUGUCCUUGGUAACCUCUUGUCUCCCUAUUUGGAUGAGACUGAACAUGGAUCGUGGGAUAAAGACAAAGAUAAAGAUAAGGACAAUUCCUUGUCUUAUGAGUGCCGUACCUUACUCUUCAAAGCUCUUCACAACCUCAUCGAAAAAUGUCUCUUAAGUAAAGGUUUUGCCAGACUAGGGAGAUGGUUUGUGCAACCCUUCGACUCAACUCAAACCCACACAGAAAGAGGAACUCAUCUGUCCUUUAGUUUCAACUUUUUUCUUCAUGGAGAAAGCUCUGUUUGUGGCAGUAUUGAUGUUAAACAACACCCACCGGUAUGGAAUCUAACUCCACAGCAUUUGACAUUAGCCCAAGAAAAUCAGGCCAAUUUCCAAGUUAUUCUAGCACCGUAUGGAUUGAAUGGCACCCUGACUGGAAACUCGUACAGAGAGACUGACCAAUCGGCCCACAAAAUUCUGGAGGAAUGGGGUCGAUUUUAUCCCCUCAACGCUGAUGAUCUGAAAGAUGACGUGUGUCGCCCACCUCCUCUGGUGGAAGUGGUUGUUGCUGGAGUUCGAAUGAAGUACCCAUCAUGUUAUGUGUUCUUAUGUGACUCUGAAGAAUCUCCAGCUCGUGUGCAGCCCCACUCUGUUUCCUCCACUUCUCGUGGUCAAUCAGGUGGCCAAAUGACACCUCCAACCUCGCCAGAAAAUCUGGUGGGGGGUGAAACUGGCAUCAAAAUACUACCUUCACUUCACUACUCUGGAAACCCAAGCGAACUCAACACAGACAUAGUGGCUAAUACUGCAAAUGCAUUCAGUAUCCAGAUACGCAACAGAGUCGGUCAGGAUAACUGUGUCACCUCGGGCAUUGUCAAAAGAUCAGCGGAGACCUACAACGAUAGCAAUGCUGCAGGAGUAUGGGAAUUCAAUGAUCCCACAGCUAAAUCAAACUGCAACUGUCUGAGACACCGAGCAAACAAAACAAAGCAGACUCUGGCAAGUCAUGGAAAAGGCCCUAAUGCUACAGGUGUCAAACACCAGAAGGGUGAGAAUCCGGAGAAGCUGGAGCGGCAGCAAUCCCGAGUAAAUCGAAGUCUAGCCUCCUUUCACAGAAGAGCUCCACUGACUGACGAUUUGCUUCAGUUUGACAUGAUGGGGAUGAUGCCUCAAGUUCAGCCGCCUCCUCCUCCUCCUAAUGCCAAUUUCAACUCCACGGCAAGUGCCAAUGGGUUGCCCCAGCUAAAUGAAGGAGUAGGGGUGGAGUCUCCUUCACCUGCAGCCCCUUCCCCACUGGAUGAGCCUCAUAGCCAGACUGUAGUCAACCCCAGUGUGGACCCCACCAUGCCCAAACUUAGCCCCCACCCUCCAGCUGAAGAAUCGGCUGAAAAGGAAGUGGGUCCAGCAGUUGGGAAGCCUGCUGCAGAGACUGUUAUCAAUGGAGGAGUGGACAAUACUGCCAAACCAGCAGAAAAUGCCUCCUCAGUCUCCCACAAGACUCUGACAGACAGUGUAUUCUCACCUAACUCAUGGCCUACAAGCCAAGGAGACGUUGUUAAAAAUUCUAAUGUGAACAGCUGGAUUUCUUUCGGGCAACGACAGAUUGAUUCUUUGAAUCUGAAAAGGCCAAUAUUACCUUCAAAGGAUUGCGAGCAAGAUGAACUAGUCACAAAUGCUUUAUACAGCUUUGAACAAGUCAAUGUUUGGAAUAACUUUCCUGUAAAGAAGGCCAAAGUUGAGAGUCUGUUUCUGGCCGGUCUGAAUGGGUCACAAGUUCCGCACGAUCCCCGACAGAAUAGUAUGCCUAGCCCAGCCCAGAAAAACCACAAGCCCUCAACACCCCAGCCCUCAGCCCCAGACAUAUAUGAGUUCUCGGAUGAAGCCUCCAUCAACCCAUCACCAAUCUCGAGAAGAAGCUUUAGAAGCAGUCGUGAUGAUCGUGGAUCAUUUAAAUUGGAGGAUGACAAGGACCCUAGCAGACACAACAGUGAUUCUUUUAUGUUUCCAGAAAGGGCAUCUCAUGGAGGAGAGUCUGUUGGCUCCCCACCUGAGACCCCCAAUCCUGUUCCAACACCUAGCCUGAUACACGAAUAUGAUCUCCGGCCAACUCAGAGUGAUCUGGAUCACAUAUUUGAUGACUCUGAUAACGAUGAUCCUUUUACUAGUCCAAUCGUAGUUACAGAAAAGGCUAUUGAGGAAAAGAAAUUCCCACCAUCCCAUGCUAGUGUUGUGAUAAGUGAUGGUUCAAUAGCUGCUUCAGAGUUGAUGAGGAUGUAUCCCACACCACCGUCUAACCCUGAAUCAUGUCACGACACAGCCAUGGAAGUGUCCUGUGUUGAAAUAAAGCCAGUAAUCAAAUCUGAGAUCUUCCAAUGCAUCAGUAACCCAGUGGAAGACUUUUCCAAGGAUUGGUCUUAUGUGUACAAACAGCCUACUGCGGCCCGGUUUGACAUGUCCAGUAAAUACUCGCCAGUGGAGCUUCCUAGUGCUAAUGGUCAGUUGUCUCCUAUCCAACAACCACCCGACUACAAAGCAUCAUGGCAGUUUCAGAUGCCUAUCAUGGAAAAACCCAACCCAACAAGUUAUAUUAAUGUGCCGUCCAUAGAGAACAUCCCCAGUCUGUCAUCACGUAUGCCCUCGAGUGCUGUGGCGGCGUCACCAGCCCCGUUCCAGAACAGCGUUGGCCAGCAGCGCACUCCUAUGUCAUAUGAGCUUCAGUCUCCAGCAUCUAAUGCCUCCUCAUAUCUUAACAAGACACUCAACUCAAUAGACAAUUCAGGCACGAACAAUCAGAUGCCAGAGGUACACAGUCUCAUUGUUAACAUAACAUUGUCCGACUCGAGGCUCAACUUAUUCCGUGAUUAUAACUUUGAUAGCUGCAAUAUUUGUGUGUGUCAGAUGAGCAUUAAGGGUGUGGAUGUGGGACUGUACAUGCCCGACCCUAGUGGUGCUCCCCCUGAGCCCCCAGAACAGUGCUCUUGUGGGUUCAGUGCUGUUGUGAAUCGUCGGGUUGGACACAAUGCUGGUCUAUUCUAUGAGGACGAGGUAGAGAUUACAGGCAUACGUGACGACCGAUAUGACCAGCGGAAACCAAGUUUGUUAUCAUUGGAGUACCAACAAAAAGACAGUCAAAAGUCUGAUGAUUUUAGUCAACAGGAAAUGGAGUUACUCUUGGGACAGUUCACAAUGCCCUACUCCUCAUUCGCCGCCACAGAGCACAUGUUCAAACUCUGGCUCUCUAACUCUUCUCAUUACACAGGGUCAAUCUUCGAUAUGCUGCAGCUACAGGAUGGAAAUGAGGUGUCAUAUCAGGCGCUGGACCAGGGACGUCAGGCCAUGGAACACUGUCCUCCUUGUAAGUUGGAUGACCCACAUAUGAGGAAGAGCUGCCUUCACAAGUGGCAGUUUCUGCAAGGUGCUGGUAGGAUUCCACAGAAUUCACAGGACAGUGUGCGUCUCUUAAAGACCCUCCAACCCAUGCUGCAAGAUGCCAUACAGAACAGUCGUGUGACAAGGUUGUGGGAACAUACAUAUAAACUCUCUGGUCCCCUAACGUGGAAAGAGUUUCACCAGCUGGCUGGCAGAGGUGCAGAUGAGAAUUCAGCUCCUCAGCCAAUCCCGUCAUUCCUUGUUGGUUACGACAAAGACUGGCUCUCUGUCUCACCACAUGCUUUGCACUUUUGGGAUAAGCAGUUCCUGGAGCCAUAUGGUAAACCUCGUGAUAUAGCAUAUGUGGUCUUGUCCCCUGAAAAUGACUAUAUUGUCAAUUCUGUGAAGCUGUUCUUCAAAGAGCUUAGCACAGUGUAUGGUAUGUCAAAGAUGGGAAGACACUGCCCAGCUUCGAAGGUUCUCCGCGACGGCAUCAUGAGGGUUGGCAGGAAGGCAGCAGAAACUGUAGUCAACGAAUCGGUAGAUGAAUGGUUCCAACAGAUAGGAGAUUCACCUGUAGCUGAAAAAUUGAGACUCUACGCAAAAGUUUGCUUACAUCGUUUAUCACCAUAUCUAUCACAAAAUAUGGACAUGAAGUCGUUAUUUGAACCCACGACGACACACCGACCAGGCUACAAAGCGCCAGACCCAUCAGCAGCACCCACCGCUACUCCCACCCCAUCUGUUCCCACCCCACAGCCAGAUCAUUCUACAUUCAAUGUACCCACAUCACAAGCCAAUUCCACAGAGGACAAAGAAAAUUCCACCCUUGAGAAUGGGGAACCACAAAAGGAUAUGAGUUUUGAUAGACAAGACGAUGAAGACGAGAACACUAACUGCCCAGCACUGGUCAUCUACAUUGUCAAUCCCUUCACCUAUGGCCAUGAGUGGGACAGUAGUCUGGACAGGCUUGUACACACAGGGCUCCUUAAGUGUUACCAGGCCCUUGUCAAAACACUACCUCCUCAGCUACAGCAGAACAUCAAUCUACAGAUGGUUCCCUUGAAGACAAUCCUAGAGAACACUGAAAAGGGCAGUAACACACAGCUGUUGAAGUCCAUGUCAUUCUCCGUGUUCAAUAUGUGUAGCUGGAACUUGGUACACACGGUCAUGGGCAGGUCCCUCACCGGGUUUGGUCCUGCUUCUGUUGCCGAGCGCCUUCUCAAGAAAAAGGAGGUUGAGAAGAGCCGUCUGUACAGCCCUCCAUUUAUCCUGGCUCCAACAAAAGACAAGCAAGCCAUACUAGCUGAGUCUUGUGGGGAGAAGAUUGAGAAGAGUAAUGUCCUGUUCUGUGUGUAUUGUCUGUCAGAGGACCAGCGCUGGCUGCUGGGUGUCUGUACUGAUGAAUGUGGUGAACUCAUGGAGACCUGUACAAUCAACAUUGAAAUACCAAAUAGAAAUCGGCGUAGAAAAGCAUCUGCGAGGAAGAUAGGUCUGAAGAAAUACUGGGACUUCAUACUAGGGGUUGUAUCGGCUAUAGCUAGCCCUUGUCGCCUGGUUAUAAGUCGAUUUGGGCGAAUUGGGCACGGAGAGAUGAAAGGUUGGUCCGGCCUGCUGAGCAAGAAAAACAUCAUGAGGGUUAGCAAACAGGUGAGGGAGUCUUGUGUGCAGUGUUCCCUCCUCAGUGGUGCAGAUGUUCCUGGUGUUCUCAGCGCCUGUCUCGUCUCCCUUGAAGCUCAACCCUCCUUCCAUAUCAUGGCAGACGCUGUCAAGCUGGAGGAGAAGAUGUCUUCCAAAUGUCCUCUACAGACACCGCGGGACACAUCUGUUACUCACAUACUUGUCUUCCCAACCUCAGCCAAAGCUCAGGCCAAUUCCAGUGCAAGUGAGCCCGCCGGUGGUAUGGACAUAGUCAACCACAACCUAAUGGAGGAUAACAUCCUGGAGUGUUUAGAAACUGACUUUAAUGACGACACUGAUGCAGACUUGUCUUUUCUCAACCUCUUUGAGUCAUUGAAAAGUGACCCCCUCCCCAACAUACCUGGUGGAUCUCCAACUGGCAUGGAUACCGGUCACCAUCCCUCCAUCGGCCACGACCACUCAUCUAUUGGACAGAGUAUGUCUGGGUCAGACCCCCAGGAUGAGCCCACAAACCUUCUACAGCAGCCACUGGCUAUGGGAUACUACCUGUCCACUGCACGUCAUGGACCACUCCCACGCUGGUUCUGGUCAUCUGCCCCAGAGAAUGAAAACCACACCCUCUCUUGCUUCAAGGCUGCGCUCCAUGUACAUAACUCGCAAAAACAUGAUGAUUUCAUGCAGUCUACACAGAAUAGGAACUCCCAUCCAUUAGACUCUGGCCUUACUUGUGAUGUGCUAAGGUAUGUGUUGGAGAACUUUAACUCCUUAUCAUGGUUAACCUAUGAUGUGGUGGAGAACGAUCGUCAGUCCUGUCUGCCCAUACACUUUGUUGUGUUGCUACAGAUGUACCAUGCAUUAAACGCAUUUGUGUGAUAGCAGAAAACUACCGGGAUAGACACACCAGACUUGGCAGGGUAAAUAGACAGUGAGCACAGGAAACGAGCUACGUGUGGUGCUACGGGAGAGAGUAAAGGGCUUUGAUGCCGUUUCAAGGGUGUGUAUUGGCUACAAAGAAAGUAUUGAAAAGAAUGCCUCUGUCUCAAAAAUGUCGUGUUACAGACUGAUCAGCUAAUAGGAAUGCCCUCUGUCUGAAAAUGUAUGUGAUACUUUGAAAACUGUGUGUAUAUUCGGGAAAGAAAUGCAGGAGCUGCAGAAAUGGUGCUAUAUGCAUUUUUCUGAGAUGGAACUGGUGGAAUAUAGGACAAGUAGACCUGUGUUCUCUAAAGGUGCGAGUGGUGCUACAGAUUGGAAUCAUUCAUAGACUACAAAUGGGGAUAAAAGGACAGACACAGACACAAGGAAUGCCCACAAAGUCGGCAUUGAGGACACCAGUGGAGCCCCAAGGCAGGUGUCCUGGACUUAGGUUGUGGUGCUACUACAAAGAUAUGUCUAUGUGAUGAGGAACUGUAAUACAGGACAGUUAUUUAAAGCUAUACAUAGCUGUGCUAUUGUUUGAAAGUAUUUGUCAUGUUGACAAGUGCAAAAUGAAGGGAGGCAAAUAUUGGAUAAGAUCUAACGGCAGUAUACGAAUCUCUGUACAGGAUCAGACAGUCUGUUGAUCUCGUUUCAUAUUGAUAUACACUGUACAUGUAAAAGCAUUGUGUUUGAGAGAAAUGUGUAAAGUGAUAUAUGUGUCAAUGUCAGAUGUUUUGUGUCAUAACACAAGUCAGCGUGAUGUAUCCCACUAAACAAAUCAACCGUCAAAGCAUGUUGGCAAAAUAUUCUAAAAUGAAUAGAAAACCUCAGGGAGGAAAUUAUUAGUUAAAUUUAUUGACUAUUUGUUAAUAUUGUGGACAAGAAACUGGCAAAAUAGGUUAAUUUAUUUGUUAGAGCUUGCUUGUUCUCUUUGACCUAGCAAUGUGACAUUUUGUUAUUCACACGUCAUAAUGAAAUAACCCCAACAAUAUGCCCCCUCUAUUUAUUUUCAUUACCGAGCAAAGUGGAUUUCAGGUUUGUGAUAGAUAGAUGAGAUAAUUGUCUUUAAUAUGCCAUGUUAUUUAAGUGCUAGUGUCACUAAAGUAAAUUUCAAGUUAAAAAUACAAACUCAGAAUAACCGGAAAAAGAAGUAUUUUGGGAAACAUUUUCUUUCCAUGUAAAAAUACUGUUUGGAGUGUAGUGUCUACUCUGCAGCAUUUCAUGAUACAAGACCAGAGAGGUUUUUUUUUACCUGCUUAAUGUAUUUUCUUUAUUCCUUUGCAAUGGAAUUGCCGAGGAAUAUAGAAACACAUCAGUCCAUUCAUUAGUUUGUUCAUUCGUUCAACCUUAUCAACACAAUAGUGCAAGGGCCAUUUAUGUAAUCUCCAUAAGACUUGGUACAAGAGGAUAAACAGUAGAUAGUCAAGGCAUGAUUUAAUGGGGGAAAGUUGUAACUAUUGGUAGACAUGAUAAUGUAGACGGUUCAUCCAUUCUUGCUCAGACUUGAUACAAUGAUUGGCCAAUGGCGAAUCCUGUUCAGAUAGAAUAGGUCAAAGGUGAAGGUCAUGGGUGAAAUUGAUAGCAGGCAAACCUUGUUAUUCAAGUGUUAAGAUACAUUUAUAUAUUUGACUUCAAACAAGAUUGACAAUUGUUUCAGGGUAAUCUGGUCAAUAUCACUAUUUUAGCUCCUUACUAAAAAUCUUCUAAAGAAUUUCAAUAUUCACAUGUGCAGUAAAAAAAAAUACAGAUAUUAUGACAUUAUCAGAAAAUGAAGUUGCUAAUAUCUUGGUAAUGAACACAGAACAGUUGAAAAUAUGCUAGAUUUAAGCUUUCUAACAGUCUUUUGUGCACACAAAGGGAUAUGUAUCAUUUGCGAUGCAUUGUUACAAUAAAUCAGCUGAAAAAAAUAUUUGUAUUCGCAUCUAAUGCGUAUGUUACCACAUUCAUUUUGUGAUGAACAAGUUAUCAAUACACUUUUUGUAAGGAUAUUGAUUUGGACCGUCUCAAAUUUUUUCAAGAUCUAAAUGCUCAAAAAGUAGCAAACCAUAAUAAUAUUUUGUGCAAUCUCGUAUCAUUACAGUCACCCUGGCACAAUACUCUGGCAGUUUGUAUUGGGAGAAUUGAAGUGUUUUGUAUGCCAGUGCUAUUCAACCUGACAACUGUGAAAUAUUUAUUUACUAUUUUGUAUCAAUGACUGGAUGAAAUUAUUCUACAAUGGACACUUGUUAGUAACUGUUGAUAUGUUCUCUUGUUUUAGAGUUUUUACAUAUGAAUGUAUUUAGUGAUUAAAAAGUGCUUAGUAAGGUUUCAUGAUUUAAAUGUGACACAAUUUCUUCAUUAACUCUUAGUACCGCUGACACCAUAUGGCAUCAAUAAAACCAGCUAUCUGUCCCCCAAAGCGCCAUAUCACGUCAAUGAAACAGUAUGUUUUAAUCAUUCCUGGGGUUCAUGCUAAAACAACAUCAGGUACAGGAAAAGUUUAGAUUGAUUUAAUGAUUUAAAAUAUGUGUUUUUGACGAUAAUUUGAAAUUGCUGUCUCGAUUCAUAGCAAUACCAUUUGCAUGAAUUAAUGUUGACAUGCUAUUACUGUAUGGUCAUUGGUGAAAGUCAAUGGUUUGUUAUCUGUUGUUUAGGAUAUUUAGUAAAUAUAAAUUAUUGAACAUUCCAUUAGAAUUAAACGGUAUCAAACAAAACCAUGAUCCACAUUGAUGUACUUACCUACUAUACCUUACCUACUUGUAUAAUGUGUAUAAGAC